UGUGUGUGUGAGUGUGACCUUUGUCUAGGACGCUGCCUCUGGAAGGUUUGGAGCUGACAAGUCCUCCAUAACUAAUGAACUGCUGGCUUCAAACAUGGAUUUCUCUGGCAUCUGACAGGACGUGUCACCUUGGUAACGUUGCUUGACGCUGGAGUCCUCGGUUACCGUGGCAACACAAGUACAGGCGACGACGCUUGACUACUGAGCUAAAAUGCCACCAAAGGCGGCUAAGAAGGGCUCUGCUAAAAAGCGCAACACCUCUGGAUCCGCGGUUGUCAACAAGAACUGGGAGGCUGGACUCACCAAGGCUCCGUUUGAGGAGGACUCGUGGCAGGCCUGCGUGUCUCUGGUGGUUGGGAGAAGUCCAGAGGAGGAGGAAGAGCUUAUCCAGGCGCUGGCUUUGGCCGUACAGCAACCACAACGCAAACUUUUCAGCUUGAUAACCUGGGACAGCACCCUUGCAAAGAUCCAUGAACUGGGGAAUCCCAAAGGAAAAAAAACUGAUGACACCCCCAUGUUCUAUGAGGUGACAGAACCUGCUAAGGUGCUGCUGGAUGCAGGAGAGGAGAUCCCCUGUGACCUGAUGGCAAAAAUACUGAAGUUCCAGCUGCUACAGAUCAAAGCCAACGAUCAGCAGAGGAGAGAAGCUGAGCUGGGUGAGGGAGAAAAGGCCACGGACAAAGGUGUGGCCAAGGUCUCUGACAAAAAGGGAAAGGGUGCCCCCUCACCUCGGGAACAUUCCAAGGAGAAGAAAACCAAGCUCAAACGCAGGGAUGAUGUUGAGCCACCUAACUACAUAGAUGAUGAGCCAGAUCAUGGCCCACAACACUAUGUUCUGUUGCUGGGCUUCUACCAGCCACACCUGAUCAGGGCGCUUGAUGUCAUCGGUGUGCAUGUAGCCAGUGUCAUCAAACUGUGUUCGGAGCACCCCCAAACAUUAAGUGGUCACGAGGAACAACAUAGCUGUGAGGGAAAGGAGGAGAGCCUGAGAGCAUCUUCAGUUCUGGAGCAGGCUGUGCAGUCCAAGAAGGUGGAUCUGUUCUGGUCAGGUCUGAGACCAGUUUUGGACAGUGGUCCACCAGACUCCAGGCUUUAUGAUGUGGUUCAGCUCAGCUACACAGUCCCUGAUCUGCUGCUUCCCUUCAACACACAAGACCCCGAGGCUGUGCUGCAGUUGGGAAGCCGAAUCUUUGGCGGUGUAGCCAAUCUCAUCUAUGAAUGUCUGGACUGGCGCAGGCAGCACAAGCACUACCAGGACAAUGUCAAAGUCAUCGAUGUGCCCACUGUGAUUGGGUUGGAUUCACAACCUGUAAAGGUACACGCAGGAGUACCAACCCCGCGCUCCAAGGAGAAGCUGGUUCAGGAGGAGAGCCCAUCAGGCCAUGAGACCAAGCUGCCUCCUCUCUCUAUAGAUGUCGACAUGUGUUACUAUAGCAACCUGCUGGACCUGGUUCCCCCUGAAGCCUGCUCUGUGCCCUUGAUCCUGGACUGUAUGCUGGAACAGGUGGCGAUUUCCACAGAGCAGCCUUUGCCCACCAGAUCUCAUACGGUGGCAGAGACCAAGCCUCCCAGUGGUCCCCCCUUACACCAUGAGCUAGUUGGCUACAUGCUACAGAGCUUCCUACCUCUGGUGCACACAGAAGAGGAGAGAAGCCACAUGUUAAAUAGUCUUGUAGCUACAGUAGAUAAUGAAGAAGACAGGAAGAGGCUACUGGAGAAGUUUGGACCAGGGGAGACUCAGAAGAAGUCUGACGAGCCUCUGGUCAUCAGACACCACGAUGAGAGGGCGCUACGCUUGAGGGACGUCAGUGUGGUUGAGGGUUUCGAUCCAGCAGAGGUGGAGUUGUCCAUGAUGAAGAAGACUCCAGUGUGGGAGCUGAUUCAGUCGGUGGCUCAGCAGAGGCAAAGCAGCUCCUGUUGGAUGUCAGUCAGACAGCAGCUACAACACUACUGCGCAGAUGACAUCGUGUCAUGGUCGGAGGUGGAGCGUUUGUUUCAUCAGAGUGUGUUUGAGACGAUGCCACUGACCACACUGGACCAGCAGGGGGUAUUAGCGAAUGAUGCUCGACUACUGGGAACACUGGAACCAGCACAGCAGCAGACCUCGAUAAUCCCCUGGGACAACCCAUUAUCCUAUGCAAAACAGCAGUUUCACAAUCUGCAGAAUAAAGGUCCAACAUUUCUUACUGAAGACCCUGAUAGCACAGAGAAUUGCAGUGGGAGAGUGUGCAGCCAGCUGAAGUUAUCUGACAUGCAGAGUUGCAGGCUGAGAUCUCUGUUUGAUUGGCAUUGCAUUGAACACCACGAUGCCAGUAUUUUCCCACAGGUGCUUCAGUCAGCCUCAGAAGAAUAUCGCUGCAUGGACACCUUCAGAGGAAGCCAUAGAAAGAUCUUGUACAUUUUUUGCCACAAUCCCAUGAGUCCUCAUCGCCAGUCAAAAGAGUUCUGGGAUGUGGCUCUUCACACUGAUGUCAGAUUCAGAAAAUAUCUUGAACAUGUGGCCGAUACCAUUUCAGAUUGGACAAAAGAGGAGGAAUUAAAGAGAGAGGCAAUGCAAAUCAAGAACCGCAGCCUGGCCGAUUCUCCAAAAGAUGAAUGUUCUGUAGAGGAAGAGGAAACUCCUGAACCAGUCAUCAGAAAAGACUCCCUUAAAGCCUGGAAGUUGGAGCAGGAGAGGCUAAAGGACAAAGAGAUGGCCAAAAAGUCAAAGAAAGAGAAUACGCCUAAAGCCAAGCAGCAAAAGCAGGAGGACAACAAGAAGAGCAGACCACAGACAGCAGACAGCUCAGCCAAGACUCGUACAGAGUCACCCCCUGUGGACGAUAACGAAGAACUGCACCACACAGAGGAACCUUUUAAUGGUUUCACAGGCUACAGCAUGGAUGGGAAGCUGAUCCACGUGUCAGGCUGUCUCCAGUAUCUUUUCCCGUCAGAUGGAGGGCAAAUCACUGUGGAGAAUGUCAGCUUUGUUGAAGGUUCCAGCCAAAUGAUACUGGAUGUGAAAAAGGAUGGGCAUCACUUCUACACGCACAUCAACCAAGUUGUUGUUGAUCCUGUGAAACCUCCCCCUCAGUCCCAAGACAAAAAAAUUGCUGAUCCAAAAGAGGAUUGUAAAGAGUUCGAGCCUGUGGAAAUGAAAAGGGUAAAGCAAGGCUCCCUCUCAGCAGUGCUUGAUAACAGAAUCCACCUCUCGUACAGUUUCUAUGGUCCCACAGGAGAACACACAGUGAGUUCCCAGGAAACAAAAGGAGGAACUCCAGAGGCUUCUGUUGUUGACCCCAUCCCUCACUCCUCCUCCACCCGUCACUCCAAGGGACCAGACCUGGAGUCGUUUCCCUCCAAAUGUCAAACUCGGUCCAGCCAGAUCAGACCUUUAGAGUCCCAGGGGUGUGAAGGCCAGCCAGCAUCGCCAUCAGCUCUAUUCAACAGUCUCAGCAUGUCUGUUCCUAAUGGCCUAGUGCUGCAGUUUCUGCGAGAGGACACACAAGACAAGGGUAUUUUGGUGAGGCAAAGCUAUCCUCUCCAUGGUACAGGAAAGGUGAGGCGUCUUCAGGACACAUCCCUCUCCAAAGAACUGUCCCGUGUUAUCACCAGCCAGGGAACCGUGAUCCGUUGCAUGCGAGAUGGAUCGACAGAGGUGCUGUUUGCCAAUGGUUCAGUCAGUUUCAGCCAGGAUUCUGGUCCAGUGUGGGUCCCUGACUCUGAGGUUCAGGAUGACAACUCUCAUCAGGACACUGAGGGCAAUGAGAGAGAGCAGAGCUCGGAGAAGGAGGCUGAGGCUCAGAGAGGGCGUUGGCUAACCACGACUCCAUCAGGAGAUCGCAUCUGCACUGUUGGGACGACACACAAACUAAUACCCACCGCCUCUCUUCUCUCCUUCAAGGCUGCAGACCCCAUCACCCAGCAGGUGAUGCUGACCCGAGAGGAUCUGGUGGUUUCUGUCCGCAACCCAGAUGGAUCUCUAAUUGUAGAACAUGCAGAUGGAACCAGGAUCACUAGCAUCUCCCAGGAGAAGCCACUAAAUCCGACGCUGCACACAGGGGUGCUUCCAGAAAGUGUAAACCUUAAAUCAGCCUCUCAAUGUGUAUGCGGCUGCACUGAAUGUCUGUGUGUCACACGAUGUGAGGACAGUAUUAAUGAGAAUCUGCAUAUCCAGAAUGCUCGUGACCAAACAGAGGAGAUUAACAGGAACAGUGCAGAGAGCACAUGUGACAUGGAGGACACUGUACCUGCCUGUGUGAAGCUGAGUGAAUGUGAACAAAUGUGUGAUGAUAGGGAGCGUAUUGGAAGUAGUACGCCUAAGAAUGGUAAGCAGAGCAUGUUUGCUGAGGAGACUGUGAAUGAUAAGAUGAGCGAAUGUGAGACUGAGAAGGGGAGUGUGUCUAACAAAGAGCGGGUGGUGCUGGUGGAGAAGGAGGGCUGCGCCACGGUAGUGAUGUACCCAGAGCGUCACACAGCUCACAUCUUUUUAGCCGAUGGAACCGUCAUCACUGGGAACAACCAAGCAGAAUAUCAGGUGUUCCCAUCUAGUGCUGGGCUCCUGCAGAUCCAAAGUGAUGGAAAAUGUGUGUACUCCUCCGACCAAGUUGUAACCCCCAGUCCAAAGGGUUGCACCGCCACAAACCAGCCAGGAACUUACACCAUGAGUCACACAGACAAGGUGGCCUGUGACAUUACAGACCCUGAUGGGAACCACUUCCAGGUGAUGGAAGAUGGGCAGAUUUCAGUGGUGAACUUCAGUCCUGCUCCGAGCCCAGCCAAACAUGAUGAGGAAGAGCUGGAGGAGGAGGAAGACAGAGAAAUGGCCAGACUUCAUGAGGAACACAGAGAACAUUGUCCCAGGUUAUUUCUGGUGCAUGAAGAUGGCUCAGGCACUGAACUGCUGAACUCUCGCCCUGUAGAGGAACUGCUCUAUCAGGCGUACUCUGACCCUGCCAUUGCGCUGCUGAAGGAACCGCUGCCAGAUGCACAAGAUGAGUUUGGCAUCACUAUCCUAAAGCCCAGCCACCAGAACGUGUGGUCCCAGUGGCUGCUCAGCAAACAGAACCCGGACAUCACCCCUCCCAACCUCAGAAACCGCAGCUGGCAUGACUUCCCCAGAGUACAGAAGAAGAGUCCACGUCCUCCUUUUGGUACUGACUUGGGGCGAGGUCUGACUCUGACGUUGAGUUCUGGUGGUUCUGCUGCACAGCAUCAACCUGUCAGGAGCUGCCCUAAAGUCCUGGAGAUGAGGGAACUGCACCAGCACCGACCGUUCACCACUCCACUCAAAAACACCAUAGACUCCCGACUAAAGGAAUACAUAGAGAGUUUAAUAGAAAGAGAACAACGAUCAGAAGAGAGGAAGGUUAAAGGUCCUCCAACUGAGGAGAAGAGCACUGACGCCAGUGAUCUGCUCAGUCUGAUUCUGUCUUUUACAGAGAAAGAUGACACAAGUCACUCCACUGAUAAGAGGAUUUCAGUGGACGUAGCCAGUCUGUACAGCCAAGGAGUCGGAGCCCCAACUGAGAAGCCAGAUGUUUCAGAAGACACAACAGAUACUGACAGUUUGGAGGAUAUAAAACAUUUUGCUCGUCGAAAAGAUUCGAAAUGGCCUGAAACGCUUGCACAACACAGACAAGAACUCUGUGAAGAAAGGACUCACAGGGAGGCUCUGAGGAAGAAGAGCGUUGUUCCUUUUUUUCACUCAGAAAACAUUUCAUUAUUCCAGAGUCUCCUAGAGCCUGGAAUACCUGACAUGAGGAGGCUAUCAAUGGAUCUCCCACCGGUCCCCAAGUCAGACCGUGCUGACACCUUCCUGAAGGAUGCCCCACAAGAGAGCGCCCCACGACCGUUAAACCCAACGCCCUCUCAAUCAGCGAGUCAUGCAGCCGGAAGUGGCAGGACGCCUGGAAAGAGACCCACCAACCCCACACCUCAGACUGCUGGUGAAAGCAGUCUGAGGGAUUCAUCCAAGCAAUGUAAAUCAGUCCAGGUGGAUGUGACUGGAAAGCCCAGGCAGAACAAAGUCAGACUGCCCACCUCCAUCCUCAGCUCUAAACCCUACAGCUUCUUGACAGUGGAAGAACCAGUGAGGAGGAAAUGUCGAACAAUCUCUCUAACUGAUCCCAGUACCAUCGUGAGGGGUUUCCAGCUUCUCCCAUCGAGUGUCAACUUUGGCACGCUGCAGGAGGGCACCUCUUCAGCCAUUACUGUGGUGAUGAAGAAUGUGGGCGUUGACACGUGCAGGUUCCAUGUGAAACAGCCUCCUUCUGCUACCGGCCUCCGGGUCGUCUACAAUCCUGGGCCUGUGGCUGCAGGUUUGCAGGUUGAACUGCAGGUUCAGCUGUUUGCUAUGUGUGCAGCCGAGGCAGGAGAAGUGGAGCCGAAGAAGUAUAUCUCCCAGGACGUUAUCAUCCAUACUGAGACAGACAUCCUCUAUCUGCCUGUCACUGCCACCGUCCUUCCUGAGAAGUUAUAUGACGUUUGGCUCAAGGAGCACAGAGGUGCACACAAAAAGAAAAGCUCCAGAGUCAUCCAGCCUUCCCAGAGGUCAGGUAAUCGUACACAGAUGAACCAGCACCCGCCUAAAGAGCCCUUCAGCAAACACAGGACAUAUUAACGGCACCACCUAGUCUUCAGUCAAACUUCACAUCAUUCCAGUCUUUAUAUCUCUAUUUUGAUCCUUACAAAUGAAAUGUUUGCUUGGAUUUUGAUAUUACUCUUGAAAUAAAAGCUUUUUUCAACAC